AUAUAGAUUUUCAGUAAAAGAACACAGUUUUAUGUAGACUAAACCCAUACAACGUGCUUGAAACCCAAGCAGAAAUCCAGCAUAGUCGACUAGGGAGAAGAAGACGACCUUCUCCUCAAGUAAAUGUAUAUUGUAAAAUUUUUAUUUUCGCAAUAUCUGGAUUUAGUCCCAGAUGGAUCCUGCUGACACUGUUCUGAUUUAUGCCCAUUACCCAGCUGGUGCAUCUACCAAACAGGUUCUUCAUUAUGCACAAGAAGUCGAAUCUGGGCGUUUCCGUAAAUAUGACUUUGGACCAACCAAAAACAGAUACUAUUAUAACGGUUUCCAAAUAGCCCCUGACUAUAACUUAUCUAAAAUAAGUGCACCCAUUCAUCUUAUCUAUAGUUCUAAUGAUUGGUUGUCAAGUGAAGCAGAUGUAAAUAUACUUCAUGGUGAACUUAAAAGUUGUAAGGAAAAAUAUUGGGUUCCGCUUCCCACUUGGAACCACAUGGACUACUUAUUUGGAAAAGACGCUCCCAAACUAGUUUACUCAAAAGUUUUAAAUAUUCUUGAAAAAUAUGAAUCAUAAAAACAAAA